AUGAGGCAGAGAAUCACCUACUUUCGCCCGCACGACGCCGACUGGGACCCCAACCAGCUCGCCAUCACCGACACCAGCGUCCACGGCCCGGCCCUGCCAGCCCUCAAGGAGCACAAGAUCACGCUGACGCUGCCCGAGCUGCCGUCCGAGCUGGCCGGCCUCCUGCGCGACCUCGAGCAGCUGCACCUGAGAUGGGCGACGCCCGCGAGCUAUGACACGCUCGAGCCCUUCAGCUCCCGCAUCUCCCCCGGUCUUCACGUCUCAUAUACGCCCGCCAAGGAGGAUCACGACCCUCGGAACAGGGAAAAGCUGUGCACGGCGCUGCAGGCGUUUGGGCGGCUAGACUGCUCCUCACCGGAUGUCUUCGUCAACUUCAGCGACGGCCGCCAGCCAGGCUCGCCCGCCCUGUUCUUCUACAACGAGCUGGAGAAGCUGGACGGCUUCGCAAAGCGGCUCGGCCCCGUGGUGUGCUCAGGCCCGAGCGCCACCGAGUGCAGGAAACAGCUGCACGAGCUCAAGGAUGCCGUCAGCCUAGACAUGUCCUACGAUUCCACCUCGGAGGCCGUCAAGAUCCAGGCCCUCUGGCCGCUGCAGAAGCGAGAGAUAUCCGUGCCUGCGUCGCCCAAGGGCCGGACAGAGGUCGGCAUCCUGGGCAGAGAUGCGCCGCCGGGCAUGGAGCCGCACGAGAUCGGCGUCUCGGGCGUCUUGACCGUCAUUGGCGAGCAGAAGGAGCCGUCCCCGGCUCUGUUUGCGUUUGCAUCGCGACACAGGGCGGCGUCUGGGUCUUUUACAUCCAGAUUCCAGCAGCCAACCGGGCUACAUCCGACUCUUCAGCUGCGCCUGAGCAAAACUGCAGCGCCGCUUGACGAGGACGCCGAGUGUGCGCCCUAUGCAUACCUCACUUUGCCAAAGGUCAUCUUCGCCGAUAGGUAUCAGCUGGCAGAUGAGCUGUUCCUUGCGUCCAAGAAUUUGACGGCUGCCAAGUACGUGAGCGAGCCGGUGGAUCUCGAGGCUCCCGCGUACACUACCAAGCCGUGGGGGUCCAACGUGCUUCUGCAGCUGGCGCCUCCCAAGGACGGGGCUGAGGCCGAGGAAUGGACUGCCGAGGUGCCGCUUCACCUACGCUAUCUCAAGCCGACACCGACAGGCAAAGAAGAGGCGGGAAUACCUUAUCCGGCGGUGUUUUGGGCAUGCGAAGGCGACAAGGACACUGCCUAUACCGUCAGUCCAUUUGAUCGCGCCACUCUGGGCUACGACGGCCUGUUCGAGCCGGGCACGACAUUCUGGCAUGUGAGCCCGAAGCCCGAAGCCGGCGGCCGUCUGAUCAACAACAUCAGCGUGCCUGUGGUGACGGAGGGAGCGUCUCAGUGGGUGGGAAUUGGAACAGCGGUGGCCGUGGUGCUGGGCUUUGCCUGGGUCUUGCUGACGCUGGUGGGAGGAUAUGCAAAGUCUGGACAUGGAGCUGUGGCGGCCAAGAAGGAGGACGAGGACAAAAAGGAGAAAUGA